UCAAGUGAAGUUUUGAUUGGCUCUGGAACGAAAAGAAAAUUGUUUUUUUUUUUUACAAUGAUUUGGAAUAGUAACAAUUUUAUAACCAGUUUGAUUAUAGCGAUAUCAGUUUUAAUAAAUUUGUUGCAAGAUGUUCGAUGUGAAAAGUGUCAAGCACCGGAAAUUGAUCAAGAAAAAGUUGAAGUUUUAUGUCUUAAUCUUAAAAAAUUAUCAACCGGAAUUAUAGAUAAUGGAGAUGGAACAAUCAAAAGUGCAACUUAUUUUGACUAUUUAGAGGAUUCGUGUAGUCAAAGUUCUGAAGCAAUUGUGAUACGUUGUAAAAUUGGUUAUCAAAAUAAAAAAUCGAAGGGAGAAGAUGCUUUUUUGAACUUAUGUAAAGAUGGAAAAUGGAAAUAUGAAAACACUGAUAGUGAUGAUUGUGAAUCCAUAUGUGGCAAAUUAUUUGAAGAAAAAUUGAAACCAACUCCAAAGCCACUUUUGUACCAAGGCAAUGAAGUAGAUAUAAAACUUGCACCGUGGCAUGUCGCCAUUUAUAGAAAUUCUUCAAAUACAUUUGAGCAAAUAUGUGGUGGAACGAUUAUACAUUCAAAUGUAGUUAUAUCAGCAGCUCACUGUUUUUAUGAUACAUCAUAUGGUGAAUUAUUUGAUGCAUCGCAUUUUUGGGUUGGAGCUGGAAAACGUUUUCGUCGAUAUGAAGCAGAUGAACCAUUAGCUCAAUUUGCUCAUGUCAAAAAAAUAUAUUUGCCAUUGACAUUUCAAUCGCAACCAUUAAGAAGCGAUAUUGCAAUUGUAAUUCUUGAUCGCCAUUUUAAAUAUAAUCCUGUUAUAGCACCUGUUUGUUUAGAUUGGGAGCUAGGUCCUGAUUCAAGACAUUCUAAUCUUGCUGCCACACUUUAUGGAUGGGGAGAUACAAAAUCGACAGGAGCUCCAAGUGAAAAGUUAUUAGAAAUUAAUUUAAUUGCUAUGGAAAAUGCUGAAUGUAAAAAAAUGGUUGAUCCAAACUUUAGGUCAGAUAUUUCCAAAGAUAAAUUUUGUGCUAUAAAUAAAAGUAAUGCAACUGCAUGUGGUGGAGAUAGUGGAGGUGGUUUAAUAACUAGGAGGCAAGGCUACAAAUUAACUGGUGUUGUUAGCGAGGGUCUUAAUGCAGAUAGUUAUUGUUCUAAUGGUUUUGUUACAUUAUUUACACGAGUACGAAUUUUUCACGAUUAUAUAAAAACUACAGUCUCUGAAAACCGAAAUGAUGAACAGAAUAUUAAAAUACAGUUAUAUAAUUUCAAAGACAACUUUAAUUAAGACAAAAGAAAUUGAAUUGUAAUUUUUGUGCAAAAUAACAUAAUACUCGUAUUGUAUUUUCUUCAAUAAUUUGAAAAAGAAGUGAAAUAUCUACGAAAUCUUAUAAUGUUGUUUCUUAUAGGAAUAAAUUGUUAAUUAAUUAAUAAACCAGUCAAUUUUUUGUUUUUGCUGAUUAAAAAUGCAUAAUAAAGAUGACUUGUCACUGGAGAUUGAA